AUGACGCCGCGGGCGUCGACGCUGGCCCGAGACUAUCGAUGCCCGGCCGUCCCAGACAGCCCCCUAGACGUAUACAGGGGUGGGCACUCGGCCGGGGUAAGGUGCGUGGCCUUCGUGGGCGAGGAGGCGGCUUUGUUGGCCUCUGGGGGAGGGGAAGGGGACAUCAGCCUGUGGCCGACGAAUCCUACCGCGUUGUGGCAAGACGAUGGUGGAGGUGUUAGGGGCGAUGGUGGAGGUGGUAGUGGCGACGGUAGUGGCGAUGAUGGAGGUGGCUGUUUCGGUGCGGAUGACGGGGAGGCGCGACAACGAAGGCGAAGGCGGCGGCGGCGGCGGCGACGAAGACGAGAGCGGGACGGGGAAGUCUUCGCCACCGACAACGGCGACGAGGAUUGCCGCGGUGACGGCAGCGGCAGCGACAGCGGUGGCGGUGGCGGUGACCAAGUAGGAUCAGUGUCCCCGGUUUUGACGCUGAGGGCUGGGGCGGUGGCGGGGAGGGAAAAAGUGCGCGUCUGGGACGUGGCUGCCAACAGACAGGGGAGCCUGCUCGCGAGCGCUUCGGGGGACGGGGCCGUUCGGUUGUGGUCGUUGCCGCCGAGCGACCAGCUGCUCGAAGGUGUGGUGCUGCCUGCGCUGCCGGGGGGGAGCGGCUGCGUGGCUUGGAUCAAUCCCCGCGCCUUGAUGUGA